AUGGUGACGAAAUUGACGCGGCGUCGCAGUUAUAGAAACAGCGGGAUGUUAUGUGCGUGGCGUGGCAACCUGCGCAAUGUGCGUCUUGACACCACGCCAGCGCUGCUCUUGCGCAAAAGUGGGGCCAACCAGCUACUUCUAGGGCCCGAGGAAGAUUUGUAUACCUUUUGGGAGCGUAUUGGUGUCGUGCCGAUGCAUCCCUCCCGCGUGCAGCCGCGGCAGUACUACCACCCCAUCACAGACUUUGGCCUUUACGACUACGACGAGGUGCCACCGGAGGAACGAAACCUGACGGCGGGGUGGAUGGCAAAGGUGUUGGAGUUUAAUGGCGCGGUGCCGCUUGGCGUCGUGUGCGCCACCGGCUGUGUUGUGUUACCCUUGCACACAGUGUAUCGUAUGCCGCUGCUUGUAGCAGCAGGAUCGACGGCGGUGAUGGUUGUAAUUACCCAGGCGUACAUGUCUGCUGCAAAGGAGCGGCAAGACCUUGAUGACUUUAUCCUUUCAAAGGAGAUAUGGUACAUUAAGAACGUAGAAGCUUAUCAGCUUGGCAUUCCGCGUAUUCCAAAAGGGCGCGAGGCAGAGUACCAUGCCUACAUGGACGGCACCGUUUCGUCCGCGCAGGUGCUUCCAGAUGAGUUGAUCGAUGCACUUCACUGA